AUGUAUGUCGAUGAAAGCCAAAGAAGUGAUGGAAGGAAUUGGAAGGUAUUCAAGUUCAAGAAAGGGAAGAUCGAACCUCCAGAAAGCUACCUGGGAGCUAGGUUACGAAAGAAGACUUUGGAUGGACACGACAUGUGGACGAUGUCAAGUUAUGACUACGUCGUGGCAGCAGUCAAAAACGUCAAGGAAACAUUAAAGGACAGCCCAAAAUGGAAAAUGCCCAAGAAUGCACCAACGCCGAUGACUAGUGCCUAUGAACCGGAGAUGGAUGGAUCAAGCGAAUUAGGACGAGAAGACCAUACCUACUUCCAAGAGUUGAUUGGGAUAUUACGAUGGGCGACAGAGAUUGGACGAGUCGAUAUCUUACUGGAAGUAUCACUCCUGAGCCAGUAUCAAGCAGCUCCAAGGGAAGGACACAUGGAACAAGCAUUGAGGAUAUUUGCUUUCUUGGAUACCUUCCCAAAAUUGACCCUUUAUUAUGAUUGGAGGACGCCAAACAUAGACUAUUCCAAGUUAAGAUCCUCCAGGGAAGAUUUCGAGGCAUACUACCGAGAUGCGACGGAAGAGAUGCCACACAACACACCCAAACCAAGGGGACGAAGUGUAGGAAGUACUGCAUGGGUAGAUGCUUCACAUGGUGCCAAUAAGAAAACGCGGAAAUCACAUACAGGGUACAUAAUUUUCCUCAACCGGGCACCUAUCUUUUGGCACAGCAAGCGACAGAAUACGGUAGAAGCGAGUACUUUUGGUUCCGAAUUCAUUGCUUUGAAGUCAUGCAUCGAAGCGAUCAUGCAUUUGAGAUUCAAAUUGAGGAUGUUCGGAAUACCUUUGGAAGAAGGACCAUCGCACGUAUUCUGCGACAACAAGAGCGUGGUGACGAAUUCAACAAUGGUCGAAUCCACUUUGAACAAGAAGCAUAAUUCGAUCGCUUAUCAUUACACCAGGUGGAAGUGCCAACGUGGCUGCAGGAGUUGUCGACGUAUCGUGGAUUGCAGGAAUGUUGAACUCGCUGAUGCCUUCACGAAACGAUUGACACUAGAAAGGAGAGGGCGACUAUUUGGGGAAUGGACGUACUAG